GACAAGGGAAUAAAAAAAACGCGCGAUAUUUCCUGAUAAGAGGAGGAGGGGACACUCUUGUGGCAGAGUUUUGCACGGCUUGGCUUGUUUCCUCCGAUCAGGCUAUCGCGGCAGAUCGUUGCUUCUUCUUUUGCUCCGGAAUCCGCGUGAGUUUGGGUUUACCGCUUCCUCUCUGCUUUGCUCUGUCGUGGAAUCUGCGUGGUUUCAGCUUGCUUGGGGCUUGAAUUCGAGCUUAACCCCCCUGCGUUCUUGUUGGGAGAGUUUGCUGCGGUUCGUUCCUCAUUCCUUAUUGAGUAAUCCUGAAAAAUUCCUGCUUGGUUUAGCUACUCUGUUUCUUGGACUCGGGUGUAUCAGAAAGUUCGUUCAGUCUUGCAAGCAUUUGAUCCCGCAAGGCCAUAAAGGCUUCAAUCUUUGGAGCAUGCGGGGAGCCUCCGUCUUUGGGGCUUCCCAAAGCUCGGAUUCUUACCUCCACCGUAGCAGAAUCAUGACCCGAGCAUAAGCUUCUAGAACCUUCUAGUAAUCCUCCUAGUUCUCGAUGGAGACCUGCACCAUUAGAUUCUCUUCCCCGUCACCCCAGUCCCCGCCGCAGCGGGCCACGCCGACUGAGCUCGAAGCCGUCCAACUCCGCCGCCUCAGCGACAACCUCGAGCGCCUCCUCGACCCGGCCUUCCUCAACUGCGCCGACUCCGAGAUCGUCCUCGCCACGGGGGGAGGCGACCCCGUCGGCAUCCACCGCUGCAUCCUCGCAGCCAGGAGCUCCUUCUUCCUCGACCACUUCUCCUCCCUCCCCGCCGCCGGCGAGAAGGCCAGGCUGGAGCUCACCGAGCUGGUCCCCGGCGGCCACCACAUCGGCCGCGACGCCCUCGUGGCCGUCCUUGGGUACCUGUACACGGGGCGCCUCAAGCCGCCGCCGCAGGAGGCGGCCGUCUGCAUGGACGACGCGUGCGCGCACGAGGCGUGCCGGGCGGCGAUAGACUUCGUUGUCGAGUCCACGUACGCUGCGGCCGGCUUCCAGAUCUCCGAGCUCGUCUCGCUCUACCUGCGCCGCUUGUCUGGCUUUGUUAACAUAGCUCUGGAUGAGGAUGUAGUGCCGAUUGUUCAUGUUGCUUCCACCUGCCAGCUUCAGGACCUGCUCAAUCAGUGUAUUCAAAGGGUUGCAGUUUCGACUCUCAAUAGCCGGUACCUCGAGAAGGAGCUUCCAGAUGAUACAUACGGCAAGAUCAAGGAAAUUCGCAGGAAUACGUUUCCUGACGAAUGGGAGAAUGUCAUUCUGGACCCUGAGCAUGAGAAGAGGGUUAGGAACAUCCUCAAGGCCUUGGAUUCUGACGAUGUUGACCUUGUUGGCAUGCUCCUGAAGGAGUCUGCAGUCACCUUGGAUGAUGCAUUCGCCAUACACUAUGCUGCAGCCUACUGUGAGCCCAAGGUGCUGGCAGAAUUGCUGAAACUGAACUCCGCUAGUGUGAAUCUGAAGAAUAACAGUGGAUAUACACCGCUCCAUAUGGCGUGCAUGAGGCGAGAACCAGACAUCAUUCUUUCGCUCGUGGAGAGGGGAGCCUCUGUCCUGGAAAGGACACCAGAUGGGCGUGAUUCUCUUUCUAUCUGCAAGAGAUUGACAAGAGAGAAAGAUUGCAACAGGAUGUUGAAGAAGUACGAGGAAAGAAGCAAGGCUUACUUAUGUGUUGACAUCUUGGAGCAAGAACUUAAGAGGAAAUCCUUCAUCUUUGAGCCAAUCUCUAUAGAGGAGUCAAUUGCCACGCCUUUGUUGGUUGAUAAUUUUCACAUGAGGCUCAUAAACUUGGAAAACAGAGUUGCCUUUGCAAGAAUAUUCUUCCCUUCUGAAGCCAAGCUUGUCAUGCGCAUAGCGCAAGCUGAUUCAACUGAAGAGUUUGCUGGCGUCACAAAUUUCAGUAAACUGAAGGAGGUUGAUCUAAAUGAGACCCCCACAAUGCAAAACAGGAGGUUGCGUGAACGCCUUGAUGCCCUAACAAAGACAGUUGAGCUAGGGAGACGAUACUUCCCACAUUGUUCUGACGUUCUUGACAAAUUCCUCAAUGAAGAAUCUACCGAUUUGAUCUUCCUUGAAACUGGCACUCCAGAGGACCAGCGAGUCAAGAGGAUGCGCUUUUCUGAACUCAAAGAGGAUGUGCGCAAGGCCUUCACAAAAGAUAAGGCGGCUGUGGCAGCCAUAGUUCCCUCCGCGUCCUCAUCUUCGUCCCCAAGGUAUGAAGGAAGGGGUAGACAAUGGAAUAGGAAACCGAAGCCAUCACGGCAAUAUCAGUAGUUCAUGUGCAACUUGUUCAGGACACAUGACUUCUAGAGAGGAAGGCAGGGAAGGAAGGCUUGUAGGUUGUUUUGACGAGUAGCGGCGCAGUGAAGCAAUUCGGCCCUGCUUGAAAAGCAUUUCUUGUAGUUGAUGUGCUUUGACAAUUUUUUUUUUGAAUGAUAAAGGCAUAUAUAUAUAUCAGUUACAACGGCGCGUAAA